AUGGCUGAAGCGUCUACUUUGGUGGGGAAGCUUGAGACAGAUGUGGAGAUCAAAGCUUCUGCUGGAAAGUUCCAUCACAUGUUCGCAGGAAGACCACACCAUGUGUCCAAAGCAACUCCAGGCAACAUUCAGAACUGUGAGCUACACGAAGAUGGAGAGGCAAAGGUGGCUAAGGAGAGGGUCGAGGCGGUGGAGCCAGAGAAGAACCUGAUCACGUUUAGGGUUAUAGAUGGUGAUCUGAUGAAAGAGUACAAAAGCUUCUUGCUCACGAUCCAAGUGACCCCCAAGCAUGGAGGGCCUGGUAGUGUUGUGCACUGGCACCUUGAGUACGAGAAAAUUAGCGAUGAGGUUGCUCACCCUGAAACUCUCCUCCAGUUCUGUGUUGAAAUCUCAAAAGAGAUUGAUGAACAUCUCUUGAACGAAGAAUAGAGGAUCACUCCUCGUGUGUGUAUGUGUGGCCUCUUUCAGUAUAUGAUGAAACUGAAAUAAAUAAUGUGCCACUGUCCUAGUUUGGAUAAGAUAUGUUGGUGUGUGUCUAGCAUGUAUGCAUAAUACUAUGGUCGAGAUAUGUUUGAAGUUCUUAAUUUGAAUCGGAGUGUAAUAGAAGUCAAGCUACAAGGCUACUUGAAGUUUAUUGACUUGAAAAAGUUUUAUGCCAGCAUAUAUCUAGUUUGGUUAAUAAUAUAAUAUUUUAUUUAAUGUUACGAAAAAUGUAUCUCCACCUCUCUGCAACCUGAUUUAAUUAGGAAUAAAUAAUAC